CCAUGUCAGUACUGUGUAGAAAGAAAGCAGUGAUGUGAAAGUAACAUGAGAUGAAUCCUAGGCAUCUGGAAUCCUAUAUAAAUCGGCAAUUCUUAAUCAAUGCUCGAAACAUCCUACGUCACAUUCUUCAAACAACUCAAAGCCUUAUGUCAACUCAAAAUGACUCCUCUGUUUCCGAAGAUCCUCCUUUCGAUCCCAAACAACCUUCUAUCCCCAUUUCAUAUCCAAUCAAGAGUCUUCAGGAGCUUGAAUCUCGCUCCUAUUUCGAUUCCUUUCAUUACCCUUUCAACAUAGCUUCAGUUCCAAUUUCUUCAUCUUCGUUGCCUGAUAGACGUAGAUUGUUGGUUUGUCAUGAUAUGGCUGGUGGUUACUCGGAUGAUAAGUGGAUUCAAGGUGGUACUAAUCCUGAUGCUUAUGCUAUUUGGCAUUGGCAUUUGAUUGAUGUUUUUGUUUACUUUUCUCAUACUCUUGUUACUCUUCCUCCUACUUCUUGGAUUAAUACUGCUCAUCGCCAUGGUGUCAAGGUGUUGGGAACUUUCAUCACUGAAUGGGACGAGGGAAAGGCUACCUGUGAUAUACUGCUUUCAACAAAGGAAUCUGCCCAAAUGUAUGCAGAACGCCUCACAGAGCUUGCUGUUGGUUUAGGCUUCGACGGAUGGCUGAUAAAUAUGGAGGUAGAGUUGGAUCCGGGGCAAAUUUCUAAUUUGAAAGAGUUUGUAGACCAUUUAUCAAUAACAAUGCAUUCUUCUGUGCCUGGAUCAUUAGUGCUGUGGUAUGACAGUGUUACAAUUGAUGGUAAACUGAAUUGGCAAGAUCAACUAAACGAAUACAAUAAGCUGUUUUUUGAUAUAUGUGAUGGAAUAUUUGUAAACUAUACAUGGAAGGAAAAUUAUCCAAGUCUCUCUGCUGCUGUGGCUGGUGAUCGGAAGUUCGAUGUAUACAUGGGAAUUGAUGUAUUUGGAAGAAACACGUAUGGCGGUGGACAGUGGAAUGCAAAUGUUGCUCUUGAUGUACUAAGAAAGAAUGACGUCUCUGCGGCAAUAUUCGCUCCCGGAUGGGUUUAUGAGACAAAGCAACCACCAGAUUUUGAGACUGCUCAGAAUAGUUGGUGGGCUCUGGUGGAAAAGUCAUGGGGAGUACUGCGAAAUUAUAGUGGACCACUACCGUUAUCUACAAAUUUUGAUCAGGGACGCGGUUAUCAUAUUUCAGUUGAUGGAAAAAAUAUAUCAGAUGCUACAUGGUGCAACCUUUCUUGCCAAGGUUUUCAGCCACUCCUUGAGCUUGCUGAUCCUACAAAUUCUAUUCAAGUUACUGUAGACUUGAAGGAAGCAUCAUAUAGUGGAGGGGGUAACAUUACAUUCAAAGGAUCUCUUGAAAAGCAAACUUACUUUGAGAGAAAAAUCCUUCAAGGAGAGUUUCUUUUGAGCGAGUUGCCUAUCCACUUUAUCUAUUCUGUGAAAUCUAAUGGCAAUUCUUCAUUAGGACUUAAGCUUAUUUUCAUUUCCAACGAAGACGAAAUUCUUUCUGUACUUCUCACAUCCCAGCCAGAAAAUCAUUUCUCAAGUAAAUUCAGCAAAAUAAUCACGACACACGAACACAGGGAUUUUUCCUCUGCAUGGGUUAUAAAUGAAGGUGCAAUUGCAAUGAACGGAUACACUCUAACCGAAAUCCACGCUGUGUGCCACAGAUCAGAUUCUUCAUUACCAGAUUCCAAAGACAGUACUGAGGUUUCUCCAUCAGAUUAUUAUGCACUUCUCGGUCAUAUCACAAUAAAAAACUCUGACUAUAAGCCAGAUUUUCCCGUUUCCUCGUCCUGGCUAGUUGAUGGUAAGUACGUAAAAUGGACAUCGGGAUCUGAGGGUUCAAAGACGCUUGACAUUAAAAUUUCAUGGACACUGAAAGAUGGAAAUAAUUAUCUCGCUUUGAAGUACAGCAUUUAUUUGGUGAAGCUAUCAAAUGAAGAAGGUGGUACUUCAGGUACAAGUUUAGAACCUGUGAAGGAAGAGUACCUUGGAGUAGCACAAGUAAACUGUUUUUAUGUUUCUGAUCUUGAAGUUCCUUCAGACACUUGUAGUCUCAAAUUUAUAAUACAAGUGUGUAGUGUGGAUGAGAGAAUUCAGGCAUUGGAUGAGUCUCCAUAUUAUCAAUUGGAGGUUGAAGGUGCCUAAAUAUUGUCAUUAGAAAUGUAACAUUAUUUAUGAUAUAAAAGGGAGGAUCUAACUUCUCCCUAAAUUGUACAAGGUUUAUGAUGCACAAAGUAAUAAAAUUUAUGCAGAAUGCUACAUGUCUGAAAUUAA